AUGGCGGCGCCGGCGGCGGCGUUGAUGGAGAUGGACGAGCUCGUCGAAGAGUUCCUCCUCCGCCUCCCACCGGACGACCCCGCGAGCCUCGUCCGCGCCGCCCUCGUCUGCAAGCUGUGGCGCCGCAUCCUCGCCGGCCGUGGCUUCCGCCGCCGGUUCCGCGACUUCCACCGAAUGCCGCGGCUGUUGGGCGUUGUCCACUGCAGAGGACGCGCCGCUCCCCGCUUCGCGACCACCUCCGCCUUCCGCCCGCGCAACGCCCUCCGGUUGUGGUACGUGCAGGACUCCCACCACGGCCGCAUCCUCAGCGUCCACCCCUUGGAUGGCAGCGAGAUGGACGUCUGGGACCCCAUCACGGGAGAGAAGCUGCAGCUGUGCUCUGCACCUCCAGCUGGAACAGCUCCUGCGACCACAUCGACUGACGGCAGGCACUUCCUCGUUGUUUUCAUAAGCUCCUCCCCACAUCAUGGGGUAUAUGUCUAUGUCUACUCGUCGGAGGCUGGCUUCUGGGCGCUGACAGCCUCUGCUGCGCAGCACCCUGUGGACCCUUUCUAUUUCGAUCAAAAUGAGCGCAGCACCCUUGCUGGAAGUGCACUACACUUCAUGGUUGAGGUGAAAAGGAGGAAGACGAGAAUCUGCAAGUACAAUUUGGACACGCAAGAAAUCAGCCGGAUCAAACUACCACUUAGCUGCUCUUACCAGUACGUGGGGUGUCGAGUUCUGCUCACAAGUACACAAUAUGGUGGAUUGGGAUGUGCUAGAUUGGAGAAUUCAAGGCUCCACCUGUGGUCAAGGGAGGUUGGUUCCGACGGACUUUUGGUUUUGGAAUGGGCACAAACUAGAGUUGUUGAGCUCGAAACGAUGCUCCCUUCUAUUAACCCCCUUCUCUGUGGCUACCUUUGUCGAUGGAGUUGGAGUCUUCCUCGUGACUACAGCUGA